AUGGCCGAGACAGAAGUUGCUGAGCCGGCUCAGGCGCCUUCAUCUACAGGUCAUCCAGAGGCAGUGACUGAGCACGUUGAAGAAUCUACAGAUCCGCAAACGGAGACCGCUCUCACCCAUCCUUCAGCGGACAGCACCCUCGCGUCGACCGAACAACAACCCGAUGGUUCCCUGAAGAAGACGAAGAAGAUUAUCCGGCGGAAAAAACGGCCAGCACGACCGCAGGUCGACCCGGCAGCGAUCAAGUCUGAGCCGCCGCCGCAGACAGGCACGGUGUUCAACAUCUGGUACAACAAGUGGGCGGGUGGCGAUCGCGAAGACAAGUACCUGUCCAAGCACCAUGCACCGUACCGGUGUAAUAUCGCGAGGGAUAGCGGCUACACGCGUGCAGACAAAGUGCCGGGAUCGUAUUUCUGUCUCUUCUUCGCGCGGGGGAUGUGUCCCAAGGGACAUGAAUGUGACUACCUGCACCGAUUGCCGACGAUACACGACAUCUUCAACCCCAAUGUCGACUGUUUCGGUCGCGACAAGUUCAGCGACUACCGUGACGACAUGGGCGGUGUGGGAUCGUUCAUGCGACAGAAUCGGACGCUGUAUGUCGGUCGAAUCCACGUCACCGAUGACAUCGAGGAAGUCGUCGCCCGUCACUUCUCCGAAUGGGGCCAGAUAGAACGCAUCCGGGUGCUUACGUCGCGCGGCGUUGCCUUCGUGACCUACACAAACGAGGCUAACUCGCAGUUUGCCAAAGAGGCCAUGGCGCAUCAGAGCCUUGACCACAACGAGAUCCUCAACGUCCGCUGGGCGACUGUGGAUCCGAAUCCGCUGGCUCAGAAACGCGAGGCCCAGCGACUCGAAGAGCAAGCGGCGGAAGCGGUGCGGAGAGCACUGCCAGCAGAAUUCGUGGCAGAGAUCGAAGGUCGGGACCCGGAGGCUAAGAAGAGAAAGAAGAUAGAGGGCAGCUUUGGAUUGGAAGGUUAUGAACCGACCGAUGAGGUGUGGUAUGCGAGGACCAAGGAACUCGAAGACGCGGAGAAGGCUGCAAAACAACAGAAGGAACUGGAAGCACCAGAACAGCGACUUCUCAUCGAGGACUCUUACACACAAGCUUCUUCUGUACCUCCCGCACAGCCUGAACAGAAGGCUGACCAAGGUGGAAUCUUCUCUAGCUCUACCAUAGCAGCGUUGCAAGGAAUUGCCAAGGCCAACGUCCCGAUACAACCUGCUGCGCAGAAAUCGGACGGUCCCUUGGUGGCCUACGGCAGUGACGAUGAAAGCGAUUGA